UUUGUUAAUUAAAAAUCGGAGUACAAGUUUUAAUUUAUUAGUGGAAUUAUGUACAUAAAACUAGAGGAAUAAAAAUAAAAAUAAAAAAAAAGGAUAUAAAGUGGAGUGACAAUUUGUUUGAGUUGCCAGACAGUAUAUAAUAUAGUAAGUAACAACAAAGUUUGGCAAUAACCAUUCACGUGUGACAACCACCGUUAUCGUAUGUGAGGACACACCAGUUACUGUUACUGUUACAGUUAAAGUUACACUUACAUUUAUGGGAUAAUAUACUGUUAUUCCUUGGAGCGUUCUGUUAAUGUACUCAUACUCGUACUCAUUUAUUGGGCCAAGAGCUGAAAAAAGUAAACCGAAACCCCCGAGGGGAUACAUAUAAAAAAUAAACCGAGUUUGUUAUAUUUAUUACACUUGAGUAACAGCAAUAGUUAUCCGUGUAAAUGCAAUCAAGUGUGCUCGGGUACACGGGGGCUGAGACAAACUUCCCGUGAGUGAUCUACGGGCUUAAGGACUCCACCUCGGAUAAUAUAUUCCGAUUCCGUUCAAACGCCGCCGGGUCAUCGAUGUACUCGGUGUGAUCUUUUAGGUGAUAGUUUUUUUUUAUUUUUUUAUUUGAGAAAAAGGAAUAUUAUUUUUUUUUUUUUUUUUUUUUUGUUUCAGUGCGGUGUGUUUUGCUAAAUGUGAAUACUUUGCAUUAAAAGAUGACUCUGAAAAUGCUCAAGUGCUCUCGAGACACUCGUACGGAUGUGUUGUCAUUUCUCGGUAGUUUGUAGUCUUGUUAAAGUUUGAGUUUUAUAGUUUCCCAGUUGAGUUUUAGGGAGGAGGAGGAGAAGGAGGAGGAGGGGGGAAGAGCUAAGUACUGAGCCCGUUAUUCAGAAUUGGGGAUGAAGAAAAUUAUCAAGAGGAUGUGGGUCAUUUGAGUAUUGUUGUGUUGUGGAAUAUAAAAGAAAGUUUAGAGAUCAUCCUAGUUGUUGCGAAAUGGCUUUGAGAUGGCAAGCGAGGCUAUCUAUUGCCGCUAUACUCUUUAUGUGUACUGAAGACACACUGAGCCUGAAUGAUGGGAUGGAGAAGCUCGAGCGACACCCCGGACAAGGGAGGCCACGCCAACAGAUGAUUGAUCACUCGAUCGGCAUCAAAACCAAACCCGAACCCACUUUCGAUUUUAACCAGCCCACUAAUGUCACUGCGCUCAUAGGCAAGACUGCUUAUCUCACUUGUCGAGUCAGACAUCUCGGGAAUAAAACUGUCUCGUGGGUGCGAUUAAGAGAUAUCCACAUUUUAACAACGGGAGCGUACACUUAUACGAGUGACCAGCGAUUUCAGGCCCUGCAUAGACAAAACACGGGGCACAACAGCGAGUGGUCUGAGUGGACAUUGUGCAUAAAAUGGGCCCAAGAGCGCGACCAGGGUAUUUACGACUGUCAAAUAUCAACGAUCCCGUUAAAGUCCCACCAAUUUUACCUGAACGUCGUCGUUCCCACGGCAACGAUUCUCGGUGGUCCGGAACUGUACGUGGGUGCCGGGAGCACGAUAAACCUGACAUGUGCGAUACAGUUCAGCUCAGAACCCCCAGCCUACAUCUUUUGGUACUACGACGGCAACGUCCUUAGUUACGACAGUCCUAGAGGAGGUGUCUCUGUGAUAACGGAAAAAGGAACUGAUGUCACCACCUCCUGGCUCCUCAUACAGACGGCACAGCCCUCCGACUCGGGCGAGUACAGCUGUAAGCCCAGCAACGCCAACACUGCGUCCAUCCGAGUUCACGUUGUCAAUGGUGAACGUCCAGAAGCGAUGCAAACAGGAACAGCAGGGCCUAUUUUAUCCUCAAGCUGCCUCCUGGUAUCGCUCAUCAUUUUGUACAUAUCUUCAGUGUAAUACGACUGGCACAAAUAAAAUAAAAAAUAAAUAAAUGCUAUAUAUAAAUAAUAAAUAUAAUAAAUAAUAAGUAAAAAGAAAACCGAUGAGGUUAAGUACUAAAUAAAGUAAGUAAGCUCGUGGAAGGCAUUAAGCGACUUGCCGUCGAUGUCGAUAUCCUGAGUACAAAUAAACUAUAAUAACACGUGUGGUGAUACGAGUCUCGGCUUAUGAGAAAAGCGCCAGAAAUAAAUAAGUUAAGAGCCAAAGUCUCAGGCUAAGACGACAAAGUACCUCUUGUAUUAUAUAUUUAUCCGUUGUCUGUACUGAGACAGUUUAUCCUGUUGAUUGAUUCACGUAAGCCUUUCAGAGCAAAAUAAAGAGACAAUUUUUUAAGUCAAUCCUUGGAUAUCUUUAAGGAUAUUUCUUUUAAUCUCAAUCUGGAUUAUUUUAUUAUUAUUAAUGUGAGUUUAAUAAUCUAAAAAUGAGUAAUUUAGUUGAGUGAUUUUGUGAGAAAUAAAAGUAGAGACCGCGUAGCGGUAAAAUCUGACAUUUAGUAAUAUAAAUUAAAUUGAGUAGAAUUGAAAAAAUAAUAAUAGCCUUUUAUUAUUUUAUAUUACAGCUAUAUAUUUUAUAAACCGGCGGUUUUAUUAUAUUUUUUUAUCAUUUUAGUUUUAUUUAUAUUGGCAUGUUGGAUAAAUUGAACCGACAAUCGGGAUUUUUGCAACAACUUUUCCAUCAAUCAUCAAAUUGAAUCGAGGGUACAAAACAUAACGUUCUCAUUCCCGUUCCCGUAACUAUUACUGUUUUAUAGAAUCGGCUGGAGGACAGAAAACACAAAUUUCCCAACAACCCUCGACUCGACAAGUUAAAUUAUGAUAUCGUAGGUAUAUAGAUCCAUGAAUGUUGCUCCCAUUGUAUCGCUUCCAAUUUAUUCCGUGGAAUAACGAUGGCCCGUCACUCGUGACAAACUCGUUAAUCGGUCUUCAUGACGUCCGUGCACGCGUCCCACUCCCAGCUCCUUCUAUUCACAAAAUCGUUUCCACGUAAUUCAGCUCAACUAGACGGAACAC